AUGGCGCUUCUCUCAGCAGCAGCAACAGCAACAGCAACAGCAGCAGCAGCAACAGCAGCAGCAGGAACAGUAGCAGCAACAGCAGCAGCAGCAGCAGAAGCAUCGCCAGUAGCAGCAGGAGAACCAGCAGCAGUACCAGUACCAGCAAUAGCAGCAGCAGUUGCAGCAGCAAAAACAGUAGCAGGGGCAGCAGCAAGAGUAGCAUCAGCAUCAGCAGCAGGAGCAGCAGCAGCAGCAACCUCAGCAACAGCUGCAGCAACUAAAGGCCUACCAGCAGCAGCAGCAACUCGUUCAGACGCCGCAGCAGCAGCUACAGUAGAAGCAGCAGUAGCAGGAGUAGCAGCAGCAGUAGCAUCAGCAACAGCGACAGCAACAGCAGCUGCAGCAGCUGCUGCAGCAACGGCAUCAGUAGCAGCAGCAACGGUAGCACCAACAGCAGCAGAGGCAGCAGCAUCCACAGCAGUUGCAGCAGCAACUGCCGCAGCAGCAGCAGCAGCAGCAGCAGCAGCAGAAACUGCAACGGUCUACGCUAUCCAGAGCAGCCGGAGCAGCAGCAGCAGCAGCAACAGCAAUAGCCGCAGCAGCAGCAAUUGCAGCAAAAGUAACAAACGUAACGGCAGAAGAAGCAGCAGGAGCAGCAGCCGCACCACGAGCACCUGCCACACCAGCAACAACGGUACCAGCAGCAGCAGCAGCAGCAGCAGCAGCAGCAGCAGCAGCAGGCGCAAGAGUAGCAGUAGUAACAGCAGCAGCAGCAGCAGCAGCAGCAGGAGCAGCACGAGCAUCAAUCACACCACUACCACCAACACCACUAACCCCAGCUGCAGCAGAAUCACCAGCAGCAGCAGCAGCAGCAGCUCCAGCAUCACCACCAGCAUCACCACCAGCAUCAGCAGCAGCAACAGCAGCAGCAGCAGCAGCAGCAACUCCAUCAUCACCACCAGCAUAAUCAUCAUCAUCAUCAUCACCACCAGCACCAGCAUAACCAGCAAAAGCAGCAGCAUCAGCAGCAGCAGCAGCAUCACCAGCAUCACCAGCAGCAGCAGCAGCAGCAUCAGCAGCAGCAGCAGCAGCAGCAGCAGCAGCAGCAGCAGCAGCAGCAGCCCCACCAUCACCACCAGCAUCAGCAUCACCAUCAUCAUCAUCACCACCAGCACCAGCAUAACCAGCAACAGCAGCAGCAGCAUCAGCAGCAGCAGCAGCAGCAGCAUCACCAGCAUCACCAGCAGCAGCAGCACCAGCAGCAGCAGCAGCAGCAGCAGCAGCAGCAGGGUGUGCGCACCUCUGCAGCUUAUGCAUAGCUGCGCGUCUAUAGAGAAUAGCAUUGAGCUCCAGCGGCAUUCUGCUGGGCAUUGCAGCAACCGAUCCACGAGCAGCAAUAGAAGCUCUAGCAGCAAACACUGA